AUGACCUACAAUCAUUUGCGGUCUCCUCGGGAUCCCUCCAUCCAAUGGCGUCAUCCCGCAAUCUCCAAUGCACACAAAAAGCUUGGCAACACUCAAACACCAGUUGCAUUUUCCAAUGGCUUUUAUAACCAAUGCAGCGGUUGUUGUGCAGCUACUUCGGAACAAACUCGUGGCAGCUGCGCGCAAAUGCAUCAGAAACAAGGCAACUUUAGGACAAGUGUAUGGAAGCAUGGAAGAAGCUUACCAGCAAAUGCAGAGCCCUCUGAUACACCAAGGGACUUCUCGGGGACUCAAACAGUCACAAACUUGUUGAUGAUAAUGUUUCUUGUUCCAAUUAGGCAAUACGUGUUGCCAAGUUUCUUCAAAGGAGCUCAUCUUCAAGACUUGGAUGCUGCAGAGUAUGAAGAAGCACCUGCUCUCUUAUCAUUCAAUCUGAAACCGGAAGGUGAAGUGAGCCGAGCGACGUUGUUUGCGGACAGUGGAGAAGUGAUGGACGGAAUGUUCACGAGAAGCAGAGGAGAGAUAAGGAGGGUGAGCAGCAUAAAGCUCGGUGGUGCCGGAGGAAGUGGAUCGGCGGGAGGUUCGACGGCGGGAGGAGUGGAGUUGAUGAGACGAGUGGUGAGUUUUCAGAAUCCAAGGGUUUCGGAGAAAGUGUAUAUACGGAGCUUAAGUGAUUUCAGAGGAGGAGGAGGACGAGUGAUUAGUCCAAGGUCCCCUGCCGGAAGAGCUUCUCUCAGUCCACGAUUCGCCGCCACCGGAGGAGGAGAACAGAGACUUUCUAAUUUAGGAAAGUCUGUGUAG